UAAAUGAGUUUUCCUUAGUGCCUAGACAUUUGAAAUAUAUUCUCCUCUGGGUUCACAGUGUGUAACAUGGUACAGCACCAUUCCCAUUUCCCACAGCUUGUGUCGGGAGCUGUAACAGCAGUAUUUAACAUUAUAUUUAACAAAAACCACAGCGCUCUACAAGAGGUCAUUUUCAUAUUUGCCAGUCAUAGCAUUACAUAAUGGAAUAACAAACUCAGUGGCCCAAAGAUAAACACAGCUUGGCAUGGCCGCAGCGCAUCUGUCAGGACGACCCUGUGCAGGUUGUCUCUGCGUUGUACACAAUCCUUCAGGAUCCUGAGCGUUCCGCUGUGGCCUGUCACUGAUGCAUCACAGAAACAGGAGCUCGAUACAGUGGAGUCUAUUCAGCCCUCCGUGUCUGCUCUUUAUCGCUGCAGACACUCAACGCCCGUGUGGUUUCGUGCACACACACGUGCCUACAUUUUCUUAAAGACAGCAGUGCUGACUUCGUAUUCAUGUAUGUUUUUGUACCCCACAUCGUUGUGCUAAUUCUAAGAUCUGCCGGUUUGUUUUGGAAAGCAUCGGUCUGUUCAAUUAUGCACUGUGCAAUUUGUGGAUUUUGGUCUGCAGUUGUAGCAAGAGUGUGUUUUUUGCUGUUAUGAGGACGUCCGAUUUUUUUAUUCCGUUGAGUACUGAAAUAAAGCAAUAGUUCAGCCAAAAAAAUGUUAAAUGUAUUCAUCAUCAGGCCAUCCGAAAUGUAGUUUGUUUGUUCAUAAGAAAUCGAUUAGGAGAAAUUCAGCAUUACAUUAAAGUGAAUGGGUGCCGUCAGAAUGAGAGUUCAAAAAUACACUCCAGACUAUAAAUUAAUAAUGUGGAAAAAAGGAAAGAGUUUGUUUGUUUGUUAAAACAUGCAUAUAUCCACAAAUUUUAUGACUGGAGUCAUUUGUUGAUUAUUGUGAGGGUGUUUUUUAGCUGUUUGGACUUUGAAUUUGAUGGCACCCUUUCACUGCAGAGGAUCCACUAAUAAACAAGUGAUGUUUUUCUAUUUCUUUAAUUAAUUUAAUCCUCCAGGGAGUAAAACACUGUUCGUCAUCACCAGCGAAAACAUUCUCACUGCAACUUAAGUCCAAAAUCCACAAAUUUGAUGGUUAAGAAUUUUUUUUUAUUUUUGCAUGAACCAUUCAUAGCCUUCAUAAAAAAAUUAUAUUCAUAUGUUCUGUGUUUCACCCAUAGAAUUUACAAAUUAAGCUUAUAAUCAUGACCAGAUGAUUUCUGCAAAGAAGAAAAGCAGAAGAGUAUAAACGAAAUGAGAUAUAACUAAGCCUAAGUAUAUUAUGUUUUCCAUGAGAGAACUAACAUCAGUGAAAUACAUUAACUCAAUUUUAAAGUAUGUUUUCUAUUAGCAAGAGUCUUCUAAAAUUACUUGAAAUUCCACUUCAUUUGCUAAACCCAGAGAAAAUGUUUUAAAAUAAUAAGUAUUAUGAACUAUGAUAGAUGUGUGAUUAAGGGAAUAUAUCUGAGUGAUGAGCACAAAUAAUGAGCAGUGGCUAUUGAUCACAUAGCUAAUGUUAAAGUAGCCUUUGGGACCAAUGACCUCAAUAUAUUUGGUAGCGCUGAUGUUUUCUUUGGACCAUAAUAAUCUCAACAAGCAUGGUAGUGAGGAGGUGAAAUGUGUUCAAUGCCCCAGAGGAGAGUCUGAAAAGGGCAAAACUCCCCCUCUGUGUCCCUAAACCAACCAAAGCAACAUUUCCUUUCUGCCAAGUAUUCUGCAUACAUAAAUGGAGGCAAGUCAGUCAGUCUCAGGAAGCACAUUCCUCCACCGUACAUAACAAUACACGGGUCACCGCAACCACCGCACUUCUCUAGAACUGAUAUGCAUUAUUAGGGGCAGCAGUUUGAGCUCGCAAAGAGAGAGAGAAAAUGUGCGUCCUACCAGCUGAAGUUGAUAAACACGGUUUCUGAUUUCAAUAUGUAAAUGCUCUUUUAGGCUCUUCAAGGGUCUUGUCUACUUUAAGCCUCAAGGGUGGCCUGAGGUUUUGCUUUAAACCUAGUUUUUCCUUUCCAGCAAUUGUCUUUCUUCAAUCCUCUGCACACAAGUAGUUUUAUGUGUUAAGCCAAUAACCUUGUGGGCAGUGUGCUGACAUAUAGUGCCACUGUGUUUCGGGCAUCCUGGGUUCAAAUCCCUGUUCACAGACUUUUCCCUUUCUCUCUCCCCCUUCACGUCCAGCCUACAUACUGUCCUGUUCUAAUAAAUGCAAGAAAAAAAAAUAGAUGAAUCGGUAUGUUAAAAACAUGUAGCUUUCCUCAAAAUGUUAACUGAUGAACUGGAUUCGUGUGGAUUAUCUUUUGUUUUUAUAAGCUGUUUGGAUUCUAAUUCUGACGGCACCCAUUCACUGCGGAGGAUCCAUUGGUGAGCAAAACACUAUAACUUUAGGCCAAAAAUCAAUAGCCUUUUCUCUCUGUCUCUCAUUUUUUUCAGUCAAAUAACAACUAUAGGCAUGAUGUUAAGAAAAAAAAAUCAUUCAUUUGUGUUAUCCCUUUAAUUCUAUAAAUACUUGGUAACAAACACCUAAGAUAGUUUGAAUUAAUCAGGCCGCUUUUAGUAUUUAAAGCUCUUAGCAGUAGAACAAAUGACUUUUAACAACAUCAGUAAAAACACUGUUUCACAUCUUCACACAACAACAACGCAAUGAACAUCGUGUUCUAAAAACCAUACCGAACUUAAAACAAUUAAAAACGUUUUACCAUUUGUGUCGAGAGCGUUUUGAACUGCGCUUCUAAACUGGCGCGCGCAAUCCGACCCUGCGCUCGCGUCUCGUCGCCAUGGUAACACCAGCUCUCACUUCCUAAACAAAACCGAGACAGGAGAAAGACUUUAAAGCAGCGAAACACUUUGCAAUUAUAGCAGACGACUAAGUGUAACACUUGUGGAUUAAGUGUUCAAUGUCUGUGCUUGACAAGACAGUAUAGAAAGCAUAUGGAGUAAAAUAUCAUCCAAGGUCUUUCCAAGGAGGUCUUUCUGAAGAGAAAUCUAUCUUGUGAUAUUUUUGCACACUGAGUCAUUAUGGUCCGUCUAACAGUGCAUCUCAUCGCAAAAUCCAGCAAUUACUCAAAAGCCUGCAGAAGCAAAUCUCUCCAGCAGUAUCUGAAGAAACUGACCCAUCUCAACUUCUCAAACAAAAGCAUAGAAGACAUUGAUGAUCUAUCAAUGUGCAGAAACCUCACAGUCCUGUAUCUAUAUGACAACCAAAUAUCACAAAUCUGCAAUUUAGGAUUUGCCUCAAACCUUACACACCUAUAUAUGCAAAAUAACAAUAUCUCUUGCAUAGAGAACCUCUCGUCUCUACAUAAGCUCUCCAAACUGUUCUUGGGAGGUAACAGCAUCACUGUGGUGGAGGGAUUAGAUGAGCUGAAAAGCCUGAAGGAGCUGCAUGUGGAAGGUCAGAAACUAUCCCGUGGAGAAAAGCUGGUCUUUGACCCCCGUUCCAUUUCCAGCCUCUCUGAAACACUGUGCAUUCUAAAUAUCAGCAAAAAUCACAUUGAUGAAAUAUGGGACUUGGCCCCUCUCCAAAAACUGACCCAUCUUUACGCUACCGAUAACCAGCUACGGGACAUACAGGAAUUAGAGACAGUGUUCAGCCAGUGGUCUCAAAUGCGGCUACUGGAUCUGAAUAGAAAUCCUGUGUGUCACAAACCUAAAUACAGAGACAGACUAAUUACUGCCUGCAAAAUUCUAGAGGAUCUUGAUGGAAAACAAAUAAAUGAGCUGUCUAGGCAGUUUCUAAUCAACUGGAAAGCCUCAAAAGACGCAAAGAAGAAAUUAGAUGACGGAGAAGACAUCAAAGAGAAAAUGCCAAAUGCACUUACAACUGAUUUUCGCGUGGGCCCCCAACAUCCCUUUGCCCAUGACCGCAGCAGCUCGCUGAGCAAGCCGUCAGAAUAUGGGAAACCUGGCGCUACAGACCAACUACAAGGAGACAGCAGAGGAAGAAGGUCAAGAGGCGUAUAUAUUCCAGUAAGGACUGGCAGACCCAGAAAAUCUGAAACUACUGAUUAAAAACCUUAUUAUCAGUUUCCUUUUGGCUUUAGCUUGUCAUCUGUGUGUUAGGAAAAUGUUCAGUAAAGCUCAGACACUUUUAUAAAAUGUGAAUUUCCGAGCAGCUUUGUGUAAGAAUACACUCUGUUUUACACUGCCUAUUUUGCAUUUUCAUAUUUUGUCUGAAAUUCUGAAAUUGUAUUUCUUAAAUAUAUGACUGUUUGUUUGUUUUAAAUAAAUGUACUUUGCAAGAUGCUGAAAAGUAAA